AUGGACUCUUCCCCUUCCACCAGGGCGCCGCAAUUGCCCUUGGAGCCCGAGCAGCAACGCUCUGAGCACACGCAGAAGCCGUCGCUGCUCCCCGCCUUUGAGCCGCUCUCGUCAUCGCCUUUCCCGCGUCCCAGCUCAUCGAAGCGUAAGCUCGACGAGGACUCCCCUACUCACGCCAGACAUCACCUCAAGUACUAUCCUACGCCUGUGCCUACCUCGUCGACCGGCAUAUUGGCGUCCUCAUCGCCGCAGAAGAGGCCCGUCUUCGAGCGUACCAUCUCCGCCCUCUCGGAGCGACAGCCACUCGGGGCCGUGCCGUCGGUCGACCUGCCCGCAAACGGCGACAUCAUUCGUAUGGGCAGGUCUUCCAACUCGUCCGACUACCAGCUGUCCGCGAAUCGCCUGAUUUCGCGUGUUCACGUCCAAUCCGCGUACUACGCCCCGACCGCGUCUUACCCGAACGGGUACAUCGAGGUGGAAUGCAUAGGAUGGAACGGUGCAAAGAUCCACUGCGGAGGCAAUGUUUUCGAGCUCAACAAGGGCGACACGUACAUGUCGGAGAACCCGGAGCAAGAGAUUCUUUUGGAUGUGCAGGAUACCCGCGUCAUGAUCGCGUGGCCUCAGGUUCCGGCAAAGGCUUCAUGGGACUCGGAAGACGAUGUUCUCUCCCCGACGCGACGACACGCUCAGGAUCACUUCGCAUCGAGCCCUCCACUCAUCCCGCGUUCACCUGUAUCCCAAAGUCCCAUUCGCCAGCCCGUAUUCGGUGCCGUCCCUUCCCUGCCACCUCCAAUGCGGCCUGUACAGAUCUUUGAGGAUGAGGAUGCCCGCGAAGACAACGGUGCUGCGACGCCCACACCUACCAGCCCCUUGGCUGCCGAUGAGACCUUCAUCCGCCCUCCGCAGUCGCGUUCCAACUCAGGCCCAGAUGUGGAAGCCUUGGACACCAAAGCCAGUAUUGGUCCCUCGUUCAAUGAGGACGGCUUCUCGGAUGGUGAUGAAGAGAACGAUCCCAUCGUCCAUUCGUUCGGUCCCUUCGGUCAGGAUCUGAACUCCCGCCUCGCGUCCUUCUCCACCGCUACGCCUAUUCAGCCUCUCUCUGCGCAUCGCCGGCGCUCUCUUAUGAAGUCAGCCUCUCCCCGCAAGUCCUCGUCCUCUGAGCUAGUGCGUUUCAAGGAGUCUCCCAUUAAGAACCACAUCAUCAACCAACUGGCCUACUCCCGCAUCCACUCGCAACCUUUGUCAGCUAUCCACAGCAACCUUCCCGCUGAGCUGAAGGCAUGCCAGCCCAAGAAGUCGGAUGGCGAAGAAGGCAGCGGAGCUUCCACUCCCGUGCCGCAGUUCAGCAAGCAGGAUCUUAGGCAACUGAUGGAUCGUAUCCCCUGCAUCGGCGAGAUUCCUCGCUCUGGAAAGGACGCUGCCGGCCAGCCGCUGGAGAACGAGUUCUACUACGUUCCUGAGAUGGAUUCGAAUAUGUUGAGACGCGAAACGGUCGGCGUGCGCGGCACGGGUCUGCGGUCUGUGAGGAAGCAGCACAAGCAAUACUACUGGAAGAAGCCCCGCGUUUGA